AUGCAGCAUACCCUCUCAUUUGAGAGGGCUGCGUUUGUUUCCGCUCUCUCCGUCUCCAUGGCUGAAAGAAGUUUGAAUAAAAAGGCUCAGUCCGCCGCUUCACAGAGAUGUCCAUCCUCCAGCUCGACCAGUGAGAGGUCUAAGAGAGCUGAAGUAAGACCCCGGGUCCAAUCUGCUUCUGGUCCCCAAAAAAAGCUCCCGGGUGAGCAAACAGGUUGUCACCUGCUGGCUCAGGAAGAAAAAUACAAACUCUUAAAUGCAGAGCUAGAGGCCAAAACAACAGAAAUAGUAAAGCAGGCAGAACAGCUCAUGAGAGAACAGAGUAAAGUUCUGUCAAAGCCGUUAUCCAACCUCCUGCCUUCAGACAAUGAAGAUGAAGAGGAUUCAAGAAGCCUGUCUCCUGCAGAUGAGUCAGCAGAUGUUGAAGAUUCAGGGGAUUUAUUUCUAGCAAAGUUGAUUCGUGGCAUGGAGGAGAAGAUGAAGGACACUGACAUUCAUGACAUUGUUGGGGACGACCACGAUGUAUUUAAUGCUGGAGACAAUGUUGGAUCAGCCGUUUCAGAAGCUCAGAAGCGGGUUCUCAAUGCAAAGCUACGGAUUAUGCAUGAAGAACUGGAUCAACUCUCGUGUGAAUGUUACAGGAAGGAUAAUCAAAAUGCUGAACUCAGUGCAAAGAUUAAGGCGAUGGAGGCGGACCGAGCAAAAGGAGAGAAGACCACAAGCACUCAGCAAAAACAGAUUGAGAAGCACAGAGCUUUAGCAGAGGAGUCAACCAAAAAAUGUGAUGGUCUUCAAAUAGAAGUGUCUGGAUUAAAAAAGGAAAUAGAAAAUCUGAAUAGGUCCAACAAACAAGCAGGAGCCGUCUACAGCACCGCAGAGGUUCGUCUGAACAGAGCUCUGGAGGAGGUGGAGAGGUUAAAGACUCAGCUCAACAAGAUGAAACAGACAAAUAAGGACAACAUAAGCACGGACAAUCAGAGCAAAGAAAAUCUACUUGCUGAAAACCAAAUGCUGAAAAAGCAGAAAGCAGAACUCGUUGUGGGUUUCAAGAAGCAACUCAAACUGAUUGACAUUCUCAAAAGGCAAAAGAUGCAUUUUGAGGCUGCCAAGCUGCUGUCGUUCACGGAAGACGAGUUCCUGAAAGCUCUGGACUGGGGGAAGUCGUAAACACUGACAGACUCAGCAUAUCAUGUUUUUGGUUCAAGGUGUUGAGAUCAAUUUAUACAUUUCUAAAUAAAUUCCUGUG